AUGGCUGAACUUUCAAUGAAUGAUCAAAUUAAACUGGCAUCUGAGUGGGGUUACAAUCAAGAAGACAUCAUUGCUGCAUUGAAAAUCAACUCCAGAGAUGGAUCUAAAGAAUUUGAAAGAUUUGAGAAUUUUGAUGUAAUGUUGGAUAUUUUGAAUAAGGUUUCUGGAAGAGGAGAUUCGAGAUCCAGCCGUAAACAUUAUGGUCCAGGAGAUUUAAUGUCUACUUCUGUAACAAGUCUACAUCCACACAGUAGUUCAUCGAAACCUCAUAGAAGCCUUUCUGUUGCAAGAUCUUCAUCUUUCCAUCUAUCGACCCCGAAAAGUACCCGUGAUUCCCAUGACAUUGUUCGUCUUCUCGCAACACUUGAAAAGGAGAAAGAACGAGAUCGAAAGGAGGUCGACAGUCAGUUCACUAUUCUCAAGAACAGAAUAAACCAUUUGGAAAAUGAGAAAGAACAACUGAUUUCUGAGGUUCAAGAUUUGAAGAGAACUCUUGAAGACUCGGAUCAGGAUUUGAAGGAUUGUAGAGAAGAGAUGAAUCGAUUGAUGGAGGAGAAAAUUGAGGCAGCAGAUAAACUGGAUAAAAUGACUAUCCAAAACUACCGCCAACAACAAGAGAUUCAUGACCAAAAAGAGCUGUCUGAGCAUCGUAAAAAGAUAUAUUCUGAAGAAAAAGCGCGAAAAGACGAGGAGAUUUUGAACCUUCAAAAGCAGAAGACCGACGUCGAAACGGAGUUGGAACGGAAGAGUGCGCUUUUAGAUGAACAGACAAAUGUGACUAAACGAAUGGAGGAGAAAAGUUAUCAGUUGAAACCCCUGGUACUGCUGGAUGAACUCACCAAGAAACACAGCCAGUUGGUUGAUCUUUCAACUGAAUUUCUUCCCAAUAUAAAUGCCGUAAAGUCACUGUAUAAACAAUUGUUCGAUAGUUUCCCACAGUUGGAAGCCAACGUCCAGGAAUCGAAGCUCGUGAUGGAACGCCGCGUAGAAGAAGUCGAGGAGCAACUACGCUCUCGUAACCGUGAUUUCCAACGUCUUCAGGAGAAGCUCGUAGCAGAAUGUUGCAUCUGUCUGGCCACGAAACCAUCCAUUGUUUUCAUGCCUUGUCGUCAUCUGAUCACAUGUUCCGAUUGCUACGAUGCAAGCGAUUUUCGAGAGUGUCCAACGUGUCGGUCGACUAUUGAAAAUUCAAUAACAGUGUUCAUGUGA